AUGCCCUCUGGACUCUGCAAUGCGGCGGCUACCUUCCAACGCCUCAUGCAAACAGCUCUGAUCGGUCUAUUCCCAAAGCAUUGCAUUAUCUAUCUUGACGAUAUUCUCGUUUUUGGUGGAGAUAUUAUAGAGCACAACGCCAACCUAAAACUAGUGUUAGACCACCUACGGGAUGCAGGGCUAACCCUGAACCCGAAGAAGUGCCGUUUCCUACAACGCUCGGUCACCUUCCUGGGACAUACAGUCUCGUCGAAUGGAAUAGCCGUCACCGACGACCGUGUACAACAAGUGAGGACAUGGCCUACACCAACCAACCAGACAGAGCUCCGCAGCUUCCUAGGUCUAGCAAAUUGUUACCGGCGUUUCGUAAAGGGCUUUGCUAAGAUCGCCAGCCCGCUACAUAACUUAACUGAGAAGCAGGCGAAGAAGAAUUUUAAAUGGGAGAAAGAGCACGGUGAGGCGUUUAAAGAACUGAAGCGAAUGCUCUGCUCCACUCCGAUCCUAGCAUUGCCAAAUUUCGAAUCGAGCGCUCCACCGUUUAUACUGGAUACAGAUGCGAGCGACGCGGCUGUGGGUGGUGUACUCUCACAAAAGAACAUAUAA